AUGGUGAAGCUGGCGACGGCGAGGGAGGCGCGGCUGUACGGGCAGGCGCUGGCGGUGCGGUGGUGGGAGUACAUCAACGCCGGCGCGUACAUGUUCGGCACCCUGCUCCUGGCCGCGGGGCUCGCGGCGCUGUGCGCGUCCGAGGGCGGCGUCGGCGCCACGGACGCCGGGCUCGCCGUGGCUGGCGUGGCGCUGGCGGUGGUGGCGGCCGUGAACGCGCACGACCUGGGCACGCACCUCGCCGGCGUGGACUGCCACGUCGGGCUCGCCCGGUUCGACCCCCAGCUCGGCAUCGUCGAGUUCCUCGCGCCCGCGCUCCAUGCCGCAGGCUGCGUCCUCGCCAUCGUCAGCCUCGCGCUGCAGCUCUUCUCCCAGGGCGACAAGCUGGAGAGGCGCGCCGCGGCCCCCGCUUGCGCCGGAGCUGCCCCUGCUCGCACCGCCGCGGCAUCUGCUCGUGCCGCCGUGGCCUCUACUCGCGCCUUCCCUCUCCGCCGCGGCCUCUCCUCGCGUCGUGGCCUCUCCCCCCUCCGCUGCAGCAGCUCGAACCCCAGCAGCCGACCGCGCCUUCCCUCGCCGUCGGCCAGAUCCCCCGCCCGGCGCCGUCCCCCUUCCCCCCUCCUCCAGCGACCUCCCCCUUACCAUCAACCCACUCAGCCGCCGCCAUGGAUCCCUUUCUGUCUCCUCCCUCUUUCACUCGUGGGGAUGACGGGAACCAAGGCGGCGCGUUGA